UCGUAUUGACUCAUCGGAGGAAUGGGAAUCGGCCAGAGAGCGGCUUAUACCAUAAAGUCUGCUGCUGCUGUUGUUGGUGGUGGUCGAAGUAGAGCUGGGGUGGCUCUCUCAGGAUGUGACCCAGCUUUAAGUCAUGCAUAUACACAUCGACGUCCCCUUGGAUUUGUUAUUCAUUUGCUCAUCUUUCUGGUCUGUGUGAAUUUUAAAGGAAUUGUUGUUACAGGAAUUGAUUUUCCUGCUGCUUUGUUUCGUGACAAGUGACGUUCAGACAGCAUUCAGACUUUCUGUUUAUUCAUCGGAUACCUGGCUGUACUUCACAAGCAUUGUUCCUAGACUUGAACAUAGAAAACAUGACAGCUGUUAUUGAGGUGACCUGUUUCACUAUAUGUUUAUCUCAGUUAUUCACACGAACCUUUUGUACUGAAUGUACAGAUUACCAACUCACGCCAUUACCUGACUUUGAUGAUAAAUAUGUGAAUCAGAACCUGGUGUGGGAGAACCAGGUUUUAAUCGGAGUGGAGUGCGUCGGUAAGUGUUUCUUUGACCAUCGCUGUCACAGUGUCCAGAUAGACAGGAACACGGGUGGCUGCACAGGUCAUGCAACAGCCUUUGCCAACCACACCAAGGUCUACCCUCCCCCCACAUCACGGCUGGGCUCCCGACUCUACCUACUGCCUAGAGCCUCUCACUACAUAGGCAGUGGCUGUACCAAUGAUGUCGACUGUCAUGUGGCGACCUCUGUGUGCAAUGAUGGAGUGUGUACCUGUCAGAUUGGGUACUGGUUUUCCCCCUCACAAAAGGCCUGUGUCACAGAAUGCACUACCUUAGGACCUGGUCUUGUCCGCUAUGCCGGUCACGCCAUCUGGGGCAAUGACUUGGAGGAUCUUACAUCAAUUGAAGACAGCCAAUGCCAACAGCUCUGUAUCAACAUCACCUGCUCCAGCGUCGACUACGACCCGCCUGGCAAGCGUUGUUUCCUAUCUUCAGCCACGUACCUCUCCGUGGGUUCAGGAUCUCGUGGGGUGCACGCCGGCUGGGUGCACUAUCAACGUAACUGUGCGUCGUAGACCUUGUGUACGAAAGAAAUCACAAACGGAACACGAUUAUACAGUUAGUUAUAACCUAAAAACAUACAUUAACUUGUUGCUGACUGAAGUAUUAGAUGCGUUGUUCUGAUUACAAACAGAACAGAACACUCUGGAUACAUAUAGUGAAUGACGAAAACUUGUUUGAACUCCAGAUUAGACAGACCUUGGUUUAUUAGAAAGGAUUGGUUGGUUGGUUGGUUGCUUUGUUGUUGAACGCCGCACUCAGCAAUAUUCCAGCUAUAUGACGGCGGUCUGUAACUAAUCGAUCCAGUGAUUAAUAUCAUGAGCAUCGAUCCACGGAAUUGGGAUCGAUGACAUGCAUCAACCAAGUCAGUGAGCCUGACCACCCGAUCCCGUUAGUCGCCUUUUACGACAAGCAUAGUCGCCUUUUACGGACUGCAUGGGUCUUAUUAGAAAGGAAAUAGCAUCACGAAUAAAUAACAAUACGGAGGUAAUGAACACACCCGGGAUUCGAACCCACACUUUUAGACUGUGACAAAACCAACUCGAGGCAUUCGAGCCAUGGAAGUCCAACAACUAGCAGUCCAGAUCGCGUACAGUAAACUACGGGAUUCGAACCCACACUUUUAGACUGUGACAAAACCAACUCGAGGCAUUCGAGCCAUGGAAGUCCAACAACUAGCAGUCCAGAUCGCGUACAGUAAACUACGGUUAUAACGAACACGCUUAUAACGAACUGACGGAUAUAACGAACUUACUUUUUGGUCCCGACUACUUGCUGUAGUCAUGCUGUAUAUGUACUUAUAACGAACUACGGUUAUAACGAACUAAAAUAAGUAGUCCCUUUGAGUUCGUUAUAACCGUAGUUUACUGUACUUUGUUUUUCCCCUUACAUCAAGCUGACACGCCGUGAUGUAACUGGAAUAUCGUUCCAAACGGCUUUAAACCCUCACUCCCUUACAAACUCUUUUUGCACAUGACUUUGGAUAUGUAUGGUUUAUCCUUCAGUCUCGGCUAUUUCAGGCAAUUCUGAGCAAAAUGAAGUUGGUUGGUUGGUUUGUUGUUUAAUGCCGCACUCAGCAAUAUUCCAGCUAUAUGACGGCGGUCUGUAAACAAUCGAGUCUGGACCAGACAAUCCAGUGAUUAACAACACGCGAAUCGAUCCACGCAAUUGGGAUCGAUGACCAAAUCAGCGAGCCUGACCACCCGAUCCCUUACGACAAGCAUAGUCGCUUUUUAUGGUUGUCGUCACUUUUCCUUAUAUUUUGAAAGCAUCACUGAAAUAUCAAGGCAAAGGUGCCGAUAAGAAAUAAUAUCCUUUAAGGAAGCUCUUCAGUUCUUUUCACGGAUGUCAACUAGACCCCAAAACAACUAAUAAUAUGAGCGCAUCAUUGAAAUUUGCGUGCAUUGAUAUCUGGUGUUGCAUCCUGACCUAAUAAAACACAAUCGCUUACACAUUCCCAAGUAGAGAUUUGAUUUCUUUCGGUUAUGUUUCAAUAUCGAUCUCUGCGGCGGUAAGCUAAGUAGAAACUCGUACGUAUCGAUCAAUACUUCAUUAAACGAAGACUAAAUCAGCACACAAGUUGUUAAUUAAUUGCUUUAUCGAUUUCAUGUUUUGUUGAAAUGUAGAAUUACAUGUUCAGAAAUGCAUUAUAAGAACUAAAGGUGUUUUUUAAGAUAUAUUUCUCCUCAGUUUAUUUCUCUCCUCUUACAAAACUUUGUCUUCUUCUUGUUCACGUUAAUUAAAAAAAAUUAAAGAGAUCUUUCAAGUAGGACCCGGAUUCCGAAUAUGUGUUUCCAAAAGUCAAAGUACCCAUCCGCAUACCAGAGGUGAGGUGAGGUGAAAUGGGGUUUAACGUCGCGUCCAAGAUUAUUGCACUUAUAUAGCGACGUGCAUGUACGUGUGUGUGUUUGUGUGGCUGCUUG